CUUGCAGCCAAUGCUGGAACAGGAUUUGCUGUCGCUGAGCCUCAAAUUGCAAUGUUUUGCGGAAAGUUAAAUAUGCAUGUGAACAUUCAGACUGGGAAAUGGGAACCUGACCCAACAGGCACUAAGAGCUGCUUUGGAACAAAAGAAGAAGUUCUCCAGUACUGUCAGGAGAUGUAUCCAGAGCUACAGAUCACUAAUGUGAUGGAAGCCAACCAGCCAGUCAGUGUGGACAAUUGGUGCCGGAGGAACAAAAAGCAGUGCAAGAGCCAUAUUGUAAUUCCUUUCAAGUGUCUUGUGGGUGAAUUCGUAAGUGACGUUCUGCUAGUUCCAGAAAAGUGCCAGUUUUUCCACAAAGAGCGGAUGGAGGUGUGCGAGAAUCACCAGCACUGGCACACUGUAGUCAAAGAGGCCUGUCUGACUCAGGGAAUGACCUUGUACAGCUAUGGCAUGCUGCUGCCCUGCGGAGUAGAUCAGUUCCAUGGCACUGAAUAUGUAUGCUGCCCUCAGACGAAGAUCAUUGAAUCUGCCAUGUCAAGAGAGAAGGAGGAAGAUGACGAGGAGGAAGAUGACGAGGAGGAAGAGGAAGACUAUGAUAUUUAUAAAAGUGAAUUUCCUACCGAAGCAGAUUUGGAAGACUUCACAGAAGCAGCUGUGGAUGACGAUGAUGAAGAUGAGGAUGAAGGGGAGGAAGUAGUGGAAGAUCGUGAUUACUACUACGACACCUUUAAAGGUGAUGACUACAACGAAGAGAAUCCAACAGAACCCAGCAAUGAUGGGGUCAUUUCAGAAAAGGAAAUCACUCAUGAUGUCAAAGCUGUCUGCUCCCAGGAGGCGAUGACGGGGCCCUGCCGGGCCGUGAUGCCCCGUUGGUAUUUCGACCUCUCCAAGGGAAAGUGCGUGCGCUUUAUAUAUGGCGGCUGCGGAGGCAACAGGAACAAUUUUGAGUCUGAGGAUUAUUGUAUGGCUGUGUGUAAAACGAUGAUUCCCCCAACUCCUCUGCCAACCAAUGAUGUCGAUGUAUAUUUCGAGACCUCUGCAGAUGAUAAUGAGCAUGCUCGCUUCCAGAAGGCCAAGGAGCAACUAGAAAUUCGGCACCGUAACCGGAUGGACAGGGUAAAGAAAGAAUGGGAAGAGGCUGAGCUUCAAGCGAAGAACUUGCCUAAAGCAGAGAGGCAGACUCUGAUCCAGCACUUCCAAGCUAUGGUAAAAGCUUUGGAGAAGGAAGCAGCCAGCGAGAAGCAGCAGCUGGUGGAAACACACCUGGCUCGAGUGGAAGCUAUGCUGAACGACCGCCGCCGAAUGGCCCUAGAGAACUACCUGGCCGCCUUGCAGUCUGACCCACCACGGCCUCAUCGCAUUCUCCAGGCCUUGCGGCGUUAUGUCCGUGCUGAGAACAAAGACCGCCUGCAUACCAUUCGUCAUUACCAGCAUGUGUUGGCUGUCGACCCAGAAAAGGCGGCCCAGAUGAAAUCCCAGGUGAUGACACAUCUCCACGUGAUCGAAGAAAGGAGGAACCAAAGCCUCUCUCUGCUCUACAAAGUACCUUAUGUAGCCCAAGAAAUCCAAGAGGAAAUUGAUGAGCUACUUCAAGAACAGCGUGCAGACAUGGACCAGUUCACUUCCUCUAUCGCAGAGACCCCCGUGGACGUCCGGGUGAGCUCUGAAGAGAGUGAUGAGAUCCCGCCAUUCCACCCCUUCCAUUCCUUCCCGUCCUUAUCUGAGAAUGAAGGCUCUGGAGUGGGAGAGCAGGAUGGAGGACUGAUAGGUGCUGAGGAGAAGGUGAUUAACAGUAAGAAUGAAGUGGAUGAAAAUAUGGUCAUUGAUGAGACUCUGGAUGUUAAGGAAAUGAUUUUCAAUUCUGAGAGAGUUGGAGGCCUUGAGGAAGAGCCGGAAUCUGUGGGGCCAUUGCGGGAGGACUUCAGUCUGAGCAGCAGCGCCCUCAUUGGCCUGUUGGUCAUUGCAGUGGCCAUUGCUACGGUCAUAGUCGUCAGCCUGGUGAUGCUGAGGAAGAGACAGUAUGGCACCAUCAGCCACGGGAUUGUGGAGGAUCACCCAUCCCUUGUGCCAAAAAAGCGUCACCUGAACAAGAUGCAGAACCAUGGUUAUGAAAACCCAACCUACAAAUACCUGGAGCAGAUGCAGGUUUAAGUGGGAGAAGCAUGUGGCCUCCUGGUUGGAGUAGGGUGGUGCAGGUGGGCCAGAGAGGUCCAGGGUGUUGAAUCAACUACUGACCAACAGUUACUUCUAGAAGAUUUCAUCUUACAUUCAGACCUCCUGCAUCAUUAAGACUAUAAAGUACUACUGUAGAAUCACAAUUUCCAUUCUUUUAAAUGGGUGAAAAAAAUGUUAAUAUAACAAUAUAUGAUAUAUAAACCUUAAAUGAGAAAAUGAUUUAUUGCAGAUAUUUGACUGAUGUAGUUUUCUUUUAUAAAAAAUCAGGAAUCCCACUUCUAUUAUCUCACACAUCGUCUCACACAUGCUCUCUAUAGACAUGAAAAAUGUUGAUUUUCAAUGAUAGACUGUGUAUGCAGGUAGUUUGUUCCAGUUGCAUUGUAUAAAUCAACUCUUUAAGGCUCAUUCACUGUCCUGGUUUUUUUUUUUUUUUUUUUUAAAGGCAGUAUUCCCUUUUUAAAUGAGCUUUCAGAAAGUUGCCGAGAAACUAAAUGAAAUAAGGAACCAUAAGACCAUUGAAGCACAUCUUUAAUACCCUCUCAAAAUUAUUUUAAAGGACCAGUAUCUUGGGAGUGUGGUGUUCCCACUGCUGGGUACCUUGGUGUUUCCACUCAAGUCCUGUCACCAAGGAGGUUAAAAUUAAAAGCAUUUGAGUUCCAGCAUCUUUGAGCAAGCCUCAUAUAUACAGAAUAGGGCAUCCACUGCUGCUUUCCUUCUAAAUCCAGUUCUUCCACAGAAAUUAGCCUGCAGUUGUGUAUCGCCUUCUUCACUGCCUGCCGUUUACUGACCGUAGCUUUUUGUGACUCACUUCCCUCCCAAGUAACGUCCAAACGUACUGUCUUUUCCUCUUUGGACAUUUCCCUCGGAAGGCACUGAUCCUCAUCCCUCCCCGUUGUACCUUGACUUCUCUGCCCUCCCUCUCCCGUCACCAGCCUUGUUGGUGUUCACUCAGAGAAGACUACAGUCAUAGGCGGCCGGUGGCCUAGGAGAGACCGUGGGAGGUUUGCUUUAUGUGGAAGGGGAGUGUUCUGAACUGUACCUGAAAUGAUCUGUAGACACCAUUGAAAGUGUUGAAGAUUUUGUUUUCACACGAGUUUUUGUAAUGCUUGUAUAGUUAAUGUUGAUGCUCACAGCUUUUUCUUUAUUAUUCUGAAGGUUCUGGUAACCUGUGGUAUAUUUUUUUCUAUUUCCCUGUGAUUGUUUUUUUCUCCCCUUUCCUGUAUCCAUGUCUCCUCCCACUAUGCACAGAUAAACUUCACCUACAAACUCCUUAAUCUGAUCUGUGGAGAAUGUACAAAGUUUAAACACAUCAAUAAAUACUUUAACUUCCA